ACGUGCGUGCUAUAUAUACAGACCCUUUCUUCCUCCCAGUCCAGAAACCACAAGCACUACCAGCAAGAAAACCACACCACAGCUUUCCUGCUUCUUCUGCUGCAGAUUUCCAGUUUCAGGCCUCGGGGAGAUGGGUGACGCCAAGUCGUCGUGGCCGGAGGUGGUUGGGGCGCCGUCCGAGGUGGCCAAGCGGAAGAUCCUCAGCGACCGCCCGGACGUGCGCGUGCUCGUGGCUCCCGUCGGCUCCAUGGUCACCACCGACUUCGACGACAAGCGCGUCCGCGUCUUCGUCAACACCCGCGGCGACGUCGCCCAGGUCCCAAGCAUCGGCUAGGCCGGCCGAACGCGCUCCAUUAUGCAUAGUGCUAGGGUUCCCGGCAUGCAUGCAUCGCCAUGGUUCGUGCGGCCGGGUGUGUUAGCAGCCAAGAUUAUUAUGUAUUGUCCGCGUACGCACCUAUGUAUUCAUCAUUGUGUUGUACCUCCAUUGCAAUAAAGCUCACUGAUUGUG